CAGAUUUCUUUAGCCAUCGAAUUCGAAACAUUCAAAGCGUUCUCUAACCACGGAAAAGGAAAAAGCAGGUACAGUGUUUAAAAUUCUUGUUUUUCUUGAUUUAACGCAAAUUUCUCCUUCGUCUUUUAACGUUUUCGAGCAUUUCUGUAUUUUUUUUUAUAUUCAUUUCCUGCUCCUAUACUACCUUCUAACUUAUUUCCGACCUUAAAUCACAGAGAUAACGGCAGGGCUGUCAACUGUUGUCCAAUUAUUGGUAAGUGAGUAAGGAAACUUUUUAAAAAAUGAUAGUAUGCCAAUAAAAGUGUUGUCGUCAUAUGAAACGGUCUAUCAUUAUUACUGUAGUUUCGCUGUCUUGCCAAGACUUUUAAAAACAGAAGUAAGAACUGCAAUUUGGCCUUAUGAAUUAAUGAAUAAAAUGCCUCUGAAAGACACUCUUAUCAAUAUUUUGCGCGAUGUUUUCUUAGGAAAAAUAGAAAUAAACAGCGAGCACUGUCUUAUAAAGGUAAAUAUAAGCUCGAACAUAACGAUCGAUUACGUCACGAGUGCAGAUUGUCAAAAGGACAAUGAGAGUUCGUUUAAUUAUUAUUGUUUCCUUUUUCUGCCUCUUUGAAGGUGUGCUCGCUCAAGAUACGGAUGGAAAUGUGACGAAAUUCGGAAGUCAAUUAAUUGCAGCCACGUACGUCAAGUUUAUCGAGUCUGCAGGAGGGAGAAUGAUGCCUAUUUUGUAUCCUUUGUAAAUCUGACCCUUUUGUAGUCAUGUAUCGGUUAAUCCUCUUAAAGAUGUUAAAUAAAUUGAAAUAUAAAACAAGUAUUGCAAGGUAGGAUGAAGAAAAGGCAAUUCUAGAUCUAUGAAUAUUUACGCCUUUCUGAUGGGACCCACGGCGACCUAACAGAUAACGCACUACGCUCUGGGUUCGAGGCCUGGCUGGUUCACUGUAUUGUUUUCACUUUACUAUCCCAGUGCCUCUCUCCACCCGGGAGUAUACAUGGGUACCGGCUAAUUAUCAGGGUAACCUGAUUGUAACCGAGGUCACGCAUGGAAUCCAGAGAUCCAACCGAACACAAAGGAAGGAACUGAGCUGCUGAAAGCAAUACGAUGAAUUCUCCUGACAGACUCUUUAUACGAUAAGCUCCGAACUGUGUUUUUUUAGGAUUAUUUCAGAUAUAAUAGUUAUUCAAGGACGUUUUCAUAAGCUUCCCUUAGAUUUCUUAAGAAAGGCAGGCCUGUUUGGCCAAGUGCCUUGGAGGCCGCCACGUAAUGGCGAAACUUAUUGUCAUACCGUUUCCCGUGUGUAUUGUGUUUACGUGUUCAUAGCCUGUCAGUGUUUUUACGAUUCAUCAUUUGUAUGGUACUCUUGUGGUUAAUGUUUGUACCAUUGUGUAAUGUUACGUAAUUAUGUCGAGUAAUUUGGCAGGUUUUUUGCAUAAAUUUAGCCCCGUGGAUCAAUGUUCACAUCCACUUUUGAGGAAGCAGCGUCGUCGUUUUCGUUUUUCACCUGUAAAGCUAUGCACAGUUAAGGUAAAUAUUUUUUUUCUUGAGUGUUCAAUUGUAAGAUUUAUUCUCUAAUGUGUAUUUUCCUACUCAUGUUUAGUACUGUAAUUGUUUUCAUCAUUAUUUUAUUUAGAAAAACGUCCAUACGCUAUGGUACUAAACAUGAAUACGAAAAUAUACAGAUGGAUGUGAGCUCCACUCAGAUAGAUAAAACAUUAUAUAUGAUUGCAUUAAAUUUAUAAAAAUUCUGUAUAAAAUUCCCAGCGAUUUGCUGUAAAUGUGUGAUUCUUAACCCUCAAAUCAACAUUCUGCAGCAUUAACUCCACUGCCGAAGAAAUUGAAAAGUUGUUUUAUUCAAUUAAUGGGUAAGUAGAACGAUGGGCAAAGCCGACCUCAAAAGAUGGAACCGGCAAAACUCUACUUUUAAGGUAUUCUUUACAGUUAUACUAGAAAAAACCGGAAACGUGGUAUGGUGUAAAGGUUGAUUAAGACUAUCAUUUGUCGCAAUGUUCGCUCUCGCUUGUUUCAGGGGCGUAGGUGAAAUUAAAAGAAGCACAAUAUGCACCCGCGAUAAAAGUCAUUUCAUGUGAGGCACGUGGAAAUUCAUACCUGGGAUACCCCCCUUUGAAAAACCCUCGCUAUAAAACUGUAGUGCCCCAUCCGCACCCCCUUCCCCCUCCCCCCCUUGCCACCGGACCACCUCUCAUCAUAUAUUUCAAUUUUCUUGAUUAUCAACGUAUUUUAGUUUUGCUUUCUUUUCCCUUUUUUAUGACGUUUACGUAUUUUAGUGCCAUAUAUCCCGGAGGUCAUAGCUUCUUAGAACGCUCAAACUACACACGAGUAGGGAAACAGAUAUUAGAGCUGGCAAUGAAGGUAAAAUUUCAAAACCAAAUGAAUUAACUUCCACGGUAAUUUAGUAUCAUCAACUGAGUUGAUAACGUAAAUUGGCCACCGUAAAGAGUUUAAAACCUUUUAAACUCUUUACGCAGUUGAUAAUGCUAAAUUACCCUGUUAUACUCUCCCACUGACGCAGCACCAAAGUUUCUUAAGAAACUUACUCCCUUAUUCAAUAAACUUCCACAAUUGCUUUCAGUAAGUUAUCUCGCGCUGAAGUAUGUCACUUGUAGAUCAGUUUAGGUACCCUAAUCUCCUUCAGUGAGAGUGAUUAGUUAUUUAUCAUAUUUAUCAAGCAAUAGUUUUUGGAAGGAAGAAGCCUUAAAGAUAUGUCAGUGAAAUGCAGCCACUCCUCAUCACCAAGCUGAAUGGAAUGAAAAAAAUGCUACUUUGCGAAAACGCAAAUAACUGUCAAAUAAAAAACUAAAUUGUGUCCCUGAACCACCAAGAAUGUUCACCUAUGCCAGAUUUUUGUUUAGGCACUUUUAUUGGAAUAUUAUAUAAUUAUUAUUAUUAUCAUUAUUACUAUCAUUAUUAUUAUUGUUAUCUUAUGAUUAAAAUACAUAAUCUAAAACUAUGAUCAUGAUCUGAAAUUUUUCACAAAAUCAUUUUAUUAUUGGUUAAAGAACCAAAUGAUGCACAAUUGCUUCAAAUACAUCAUCUAAUUACUUUUAUCAUCAUUAUUAUUAUUAUUAUUAUUAUUAUUAUUAUCAUUAUUUUUGUCGUUACUGACAGGGAUGAUGGUUAUUUUUGGGUCCACUCACUCUCCGAACAUCUAUACCAAGUUAAUUACAAAAGGUUUCCAACAGGGUGAUGGGUUUUGAAAUAAUGGUUCAAAUUUUGGCAUUUUUACGACUUACGGUUAUCCCAAAAUGACACAAAAUGACACAUUCUAAGAGAGGGAAAAAUUUUACGGUUAACUUUUCUUACGACUAACGGUUAAAAUUUAUCAAUUUUUACGCCUACCGUUUAAAUUUUAUGACCGUUUUAUGGCUAAUGGUUAACCCAACUGAGACCCUCUCACAAAAGGCGGCAGUUUUUUUUAUUACAAAGUAUAACAAAUGUUUUUAUAAAGUGCAACAAUUUUAUUACAAAGUACCACAGAACAGAGACAGACAUACAAACCCUCGCAGAAAAUUUAAUUUCCGCUGUGGUUUGAGAAAAAGUGUCAUUGCAAUAUCGUCACACACAAAUUUCUUUCCCCACUGCAGGCUUAUGAUAAAGGCGACAUCUUUCCGAUCUGGGGAGAAUGUCUGGGCUUAGAGUUGCUUUCAAUGCUGAUUUCUGGGUGUGAUUUACAAGUGGGGCAAUUCGACCAGGAUCUUUUCAGCGACACCGAUGCAAAAAAUGUAAGCCUGAAAUUAAUUCUUCCAAAAGGUUGGUGAUGCAUCUGUUUUAUUAUUUAUGCUAACAAUAAUGUAGCCAAUCAGUAUUUCAACUCUAUUAUAGCGGUACCGCCCCUGUUUUUGUUUAGUUUUGGUGGAUUACGCUUACCUGUAAGGUGGAUUCAAGUGACCCAAUAACAUCUUUAGAAAAGAAUUACAAAGACAUUCCAAAACUUUUAGUUUGUAGAGUAACCCUCGGGGUAUUUCGAAACUCUUCCUGUAAGUUUAAUGUUUUUGUAAUCAAACGAACUCGUAGUACCUUACUUAGCUCGCUUUCUGAUGGAUGACUGAGCACUGGACAUUGGCCCGAUCCUAAUCAUUAGCCAUAAAGGCCAUCACCCUCUAUCACAGUUCGGUUUAAGCUGUGAAAUAGACACAUCUUGGAGUGACCCUCUACUGAUACAACCAAUUUUUGUCCUAAAGAUUAUAAAACAACUUCUCUGUGGAAAUUUGCUCCAAGACAAGUUGUGAAAUUCUUACAGAAUAACAAUGCAGCAUUCAACAAUCACAAGAUGGCCAUCACACCACAGGUUAGAUGAAAUUUAUUACCUUUACUCUUAACAGAGGAAUCUGAAUUAUUAUUGCUAUCAUUGUUAUUCAUUUAUAGUUUUAAGGGACCAGUCAUUUUAUUUUUUGCAUGGGUAGGGAGGCAGAGGAUUUUGGGAUGGAUCACAUGGUUUUCAGGGGUCUGGAACGGGGAUCAGUCGUCGCUAAUUGAACGUAGCACUAUGGGAAAUUAUAGAAAAUUGACUGCCCAUUAAUAAGGUAAAUUUCAUCGUGACACAACCAAAAUCCUCCGUUCCCCCCCUCCCCCCCCCCCCCGUUCCCCCCCCUCCCCUCCGCUCCUUCCCCCUGCUCCUCCCCCCUCUCCUCCCCCCCCCUCCUCUUCCCCCCGCUCCUCCCCCCCCGCUCCCCCCAAUGAUAAAUAACAACCGGUCCCUGAACCUAAACAUUUCUCGUUUUGUUAAUUUAGAAAUCUUUCGUACAAGUUUUUUUGGUGUUGGUGAUUUUGUAGAUGCGAAAACAAGAACAAAAAGAAAGAAGAAGAGUAUAAAGACGUUUUAGCAUCCAUUACAGGACCUCCACGCUAAAGAACAACACCCACUAAACAGGGAGAGAGUUAACCUUAGCCUUGUUAUUCAACCUUAAAUGUAACUCCCGAAGAGUGACCAGCAUCUGAUUUCUCCUUACAGUAUAACCCCUGAAUCAAACAUUAAGGUCACGAGAAUAAAGGAAAUGAUCACCAACCUAAGAAGCUGUUGAUUGUAAAACAAAUUAUCCUCGACAGCACCUGAGGAAAUGUAUAGCGAACAGUGAGGAGAAUAUGCAUACUAAUGAUAAGGUGUAAAGGGUUAUUAAGUCUUUACGCCCUCACUUGUUUCAGAUUAUACAUUGACCCAUACUACUCUGUUCUUUUGCGCCAGAAUUAUAUCAAGUACAGACGUCUAAAUGCUUUUUUCAGAAUCGUUUCAACCAGCAAAGAUCGCAACGGGGUUGAAUUUAUUUCAACUAUGGAAGGUAAGAACAAAACGUUUAAGGAAUCUUAAAAAACAAACCCAAAUAUCAUAAGCUUCGUCAGACUUUCUCGCUACAUUAGUUAAUUCUUUUCUGGUUACAAUUCUUCAAAAAAAAUUAUCAGUUGUAAAUUUCUUACUUGUAAUGUUUUGUGCAAAUAGAAAAAUAAAAGGAAGAAUUCCUUUAUCAUAUGCUUUUGGUAAAUCUUCACGAAAGAGAGGUCGACUGCUCUCUUAAAGAGCUCGCUCAGGAGUGAUGGCAAGAGUCUAAUUGCAUUAUUUACAGGUAAGCGUUAUCCAGUCUACCUUUUACACUGGCACCCGGCUAAAUCCCAGUUUGAAUGGCGCAGAGAUAUGGAUAUUAAUCACUCGCUGGCAGAUGUUGUGUCAGGCCAGUAUUUCGCAAAUUUCCUAAUUCAAAAAGGUGAGCUU